AUGUCCCAUGAGGUGCUAGCGGCCCAGGGUGAAGGAGAGCAAUAUGCUCACGGCUACCGCACGGUCAGCAAUGAGAUCUCAUCCCCAGGGAACACCCAUCGAUCGGGCCAUGGAGUAUACGUACAAGCAGUUUCUAAUGGAUCGAGUGUCUGGAGAAGAAUGAUGUUAGUAUACCUCAACAGCGGAUACAGGCUCAGGGAUAGGGGGCCUCACGGUCACCACGUUUCGCGUGAGGAAGGGAAGCAGUUGAAGCGGCAGCGGAGCGAAAUACAGCAAGCCCACGCGCCAAGCCCUCAUUACCUCACCGGGGCAACGAACGCGUCAAAAGGCCGCACGUCAACUACCUCGAAUACACCUCACCUGGCAAGAACUCGCAUGUAUCCCCGUUCUCCAGCCAUUGAGAAACCUAACGUUUAUCUGUUCGAUGCCUUAGACAUAUCGCGAUAUUCAGAGAGAAAGGGGCAACUUUACAGCCAGGAGGAAACAUUCUUCCCGCGCAACCCAGGGCUCCCGCGCAGCUCGACCCUCCCACCAGCGCAACAAGCAGAGAAGUAG